UUGCCACUGGGCAUAAAAUUCGAAUAUAAUACUAUUAUAUGUGUAGAAGAAGGAGACAGGAGUGAGUGCUGUGCUGUCCUGUCCUGUCCUGGCAACAAACACGUGCGCACUGGAGGAGGAGUGAAAGGCUGAAUGCUGUCCUGUCCUGUCCUGUCCGGCCAUCCAAUUUUCCGACUGCCUCCCUCCCUUUCAAAUUUCAAAACCCAACGCUUCUUUCCAUUUCUGGCAAUAACAAUAAUCUGAAUCCAAUCAUGCUUGAGGACUGCUCGAAUUCAAUGAUCGCCGCCCGGAGGUCGGCGGAGGAAUGGCUGUCCUACGCGCAAUCCCGUGUUCCGGUGGCGCUUGAAAAGGCGAAGGAGGUCAAUGGCCAAUUCCCGGGGCGAUGGAAGAUAAUCAUUUCGAAAUUGGAGCAGAUCCCGGCUCGGCUCUCGGACUUGUCGAGCCACCCCUGUUUCAGCAAGAACACACUUUGCCGGGAACAGCUGCAGGCAGUUUUCCGGUCGUUGAACGAGGCUGCCGAGCUCGCCGGCGUCUGCAUGACGGAGAAAUAUGAAGGAAAGCUUAGGAUGCAGAGUGAUCUUGAUGCUCUUAUAGGGAAACUAGACUUAAAUUUACGCGAUUGCGGGCUGUUGAUCAAGUCUCGUGUGCUCGGCGAUGUUUCGUCCGCAGAACCGGAGGCCGGGAAUUUGAAGGAGCUGCUCGCCAGGCUUCAAAUCGGGCAUUUGGAGUCGAAGCAUAACGCGCUCGAUAGCCUCAUCGAAAUCUUGAAAGAGGAUGCGAAAAAAGUGUUGGCCGUCGCCGGGCAAAGCAAUGUCGCGGCUUUAGUACAGUUGCUCACCGCAACGUCGCCUCAAAUUAGGGAAAAAACGGUCUCCGUCGUGCUCAUGCUUGUCGAGUCGGGCGCCUUCGAGAAUUGGCUCGUCUCCGAAGGUGUUCUUCCUCCUCUUAUAAGGCUCGCCGAGUCGAGCAACGGGAUCGGUAAGGAGAACGCGAUGAUUGCGCUACAAAGGCUCUCGAUGUCAUUCGAUACGGCUCGAAUUAUAGUCGGGCACGGUGGAGUCCCGCCAAUGAUUGAAAUUUGUCGAAUUGGAGAUUCGACUUUACAAUCCGCCGCCGCUUGUGUCUUGAGGAAUCUAUCGAUUAUCCCCGAGGCGCGACAAACGCUUGCCGAUGAAGGGGUUGUUAGAGUAAUGAUCGAUCUUCUCAACUGGGAUACAUCGCCAGAGUCGAGGGAGUAUGCGACGGAGUGUUUGCAAAAUCUAACUUCCGGCGACGAGAGCGUUAAGAGAUUAUUCGUAUCCGAAGACGGGGUGACGAGCCUUCUCGCGUACUUAGACGGUCCAUCGCCACACGAAUCUUCGGUCGUCGCGUUAAAAAAUUUAAUUGGGUCGAUCUCCGGAGAGGUUUUAGUAUCCGUAGGCGUUCUCCCGAGACUAGCCCGUGUGCUCAAAUCCGGGUCUCCCGGAGCGAAGCACGCGGCUGCCGCAGCAAUUUGCGACAUUUGUAGCUCGACAUCGAUCGAGACGAAAAGAUUGGUCGGGGAAGCCGGGUGCAUUCCGCUCCUCGUUGCGAUGCUCGAGGCGAAGGCGAAUACGACGAGGGAAGUUGCGGCGCGGGCAACGGUGAGUUUAAUGGCGUGUCGACGUAAUCGUAAAGAAGUGAAGAAGGAUAGCAAGAGCGUGCCCAACUUGGUGGCGUUGCUCGACGUUUCUCCGCACAACACGGCGAAGAAAUACGCAGUCCCUUGCCUCGUGUUGCUAUUGUCGAGUAAGAGAUGCAAGCGGUUGAUGGUAUCGUACGGCGCCAUCGGGUACCUUAAGAAGCUCGUUGAAAUGGACGUCGCCGGCGCGAAGAAGCUUCUAGAACAUUUGGAAAUUGGUAAACUUAGAAGGUUAUUUAGUAAGAAAUACAACACAUGACAUGGAGGAUAACGCCCGUAAAGGUAUAUUCUGGUUGUACUUCUCAUCGUGAGAUUAUAUUUUAGAGAUGCAUAUUUGGUAAUAAUUUCAUUCUCUAAAUGAAAAUUGGGUUAUGUUUAUAAAGUUCAUUGUUGAUAAAUGUAUGUUUCAAUUAU